UUUAUCCGAGACGGUUUGUUUGGUGUCAAGAGUAGCUUGAGUUUGGAGAGUCGCAGGCUCUAUCUCAACAGGUGUGGGACCCCGAGGCCUCAGAAAUAGGUUUUGUCUAACCCGAGAACCCCUCCUUGUUCAGCGUCCCCCCCAUAAGCGGAUACGGAUUAUCUGGACUCUGCCUCAAACUCAGGAGUCACAGAUGCCAGGAAGUAUGGCCUCCCUCAAGAAGCCUCGAAAUAGCACCAGGUUGCCCUUGGCUUUAAACCCCCUGAAGAGCAAGGACGUGCUGGCAGUGCUGGCGGAGAGGAACCAGGCUGUAGUACCAGUGGGCGCGUGGGUGGAACCUGCCUCCCCACAGAGCUCGGAAAUCCCAGCCUGUACUUCAGCAUAUAUGAUUGAAAAAGAAGUAAAGGAACGGUUAAGAAAAAAAGAAGAAGCUUUGAAGCAUUUUCAGAGACAAGUCAAAUACCGAGUAAACCAACAAAUGAGGCUGAGGAAGAAGCAGCAGCUUCAGAAGUCUUACGAAGCAGCAGAAAAAGAAAGCUGCAUAGCCAUGCGUUCUUCAGAUCCAGCAUACUUAACUCCUAAAAGAACGAGUGUUUUUCCAAACAACUUGAAUGCUGCUAUUGGAAGUGCUAGGUUACCUCCUUCCCAGAUGCUUGGGGAUGGACUAGAAGACAGAGAGAACCAGAAUCAAUUAUUCCAACAAGCCCAAGCUCUUAGUCAAACCAUGAAACAGGCGCGUCGCCGGCUGGCAUCCUUUAAAACUGUGAGUGAAAAAAAUGCAUCAGUGUUUCCAGAUGAUACAAGGAAGAGCUUUCCCACCCAAGAGGAACCGGACUCUGAGGAAUUGUCACCUAUUACAAUAGACAAGAAAGGGAGAGAAAAUUUGUUUUGGUCGGACCAACAGGAUCUGCUUUUAGAAGAUAAGGACAGACCUUUCGGCAGAGUUCGGAAAAUACAAUUCAAAAAUCCAUUGUUUGCUGUGAUGAAAGAGGAAGAGCCAAAGAAGGCACACCUUCAGGGCCCGCAGGAUACUCUGCCAGAAACCCAGGGUUACCUUGCAGAAGCCUGUGGGGAUUUGUCAGGAGCCCAGAGUACUGAGCUGGGAGCCCAGAAUAUGGAGCCACACUCCCAGGCCAUUGAGCCCGAAGGCCAAGCUGUGGAGCCCACAGCCCAGGCCAGUGAGCCUGAAGCCCAGGUUGUUAAGACAGAAACUCAGGGUACUGUGCUGGAAGCCCAGAGUGUUGACCUUGAAGAUGGAAGUAUUCAGUCAGAAGUCCAGGAUUUUCUAUCCACAAAUCAGGCUUUUCCACCCAAAGACCAGAAUAUUCUACCCACAUGUCAGGACCAGAACUUUCUACCCAAUGACGAAAAUAUUCUACUCAAAUAUCAAGACCAACAUUUUCUAUGCGAGGUCCAGACUAUUCAACCCAAAUAUCAGGACCUGGAUUUUAUACCAAAAUGUCCAAACAAGGAUUUUGUGCCCAAAGACCAGCAUGUUCCACUCAGAUUUCAAGAGCAGCAUUUUCUACCCAAAGACCAGUGUGUUUUGUCCAGAGAACAGGAUAUUCUGCCCAAAUGUCAAGACCAGGACUUUCUACCCAGAUACCAGAGCUCCCUCUUCAAGCAGCCGUCGCCUUUCACGAGAGAAGAGACCGUGGGAGAUGACUUCCCUCCGGAGUGCCGUCACUACGUCAACCCUCCAGCCUCCUCUGGAGAUCAGAGCUUCUACCCCAGGCAGCAGCCGACUGGCAGGGCAGCGGAAAGGAGGGGAGAUCUGUUUCUGGACGGCCACCAGCAUCUUCCACCCAAGCACCUGCGAGAGGCUUCCAGCGGAAGACAGGUUUAUGAUAAAUAUCAAUCAAGAUUAAACACCGAACUCCAGACGCCGCUGGCACUUCAGCUUGGAGUGGAUCAAGAAGAAGACAGGAAAGAGCGUCAAAAGCAGUACCUGAGAUAUAGACGACUUUUCAUGGAUAUUGAAAGAGAACAAGUAAAAGAGCAACAAAGGCAAAAAGAACAUAGGAGGAAAAUUGAAAAAAUUAAGAAAAAGAAAGAGCAGCAGCGUUAUGCAGAAGAGCAGAGGAUACUGAGAAUGAACUUGCCUGAAGAGCCGAGUUCGGAGGAGAAGAUGAGUGAGAUGUUAGCCCAGCUGGAGCUCGCGGAAGUGGAAGACGCCAGACAGAAGCAGCAGCAGCGAGAGAAGGAGUCCCGAAGAUACGUAGAAGCUCUAAGGGCCCAGAUCCAAGAGAAAAUGCGGCUGUAUAACGUCACUUUACCUCCACUGUGCUGCUGUGGUCCUGGCUUUUGGGAUGCUCAUCCUGAUACCUGUGCCAACAACUGUAGUUUCUAUAAAAACCACAGAGCAUACACCCGGGCACUACACUCAGUCCUCAGCUCCUGCGACAUCCCUGAGGGGAACUCAGCUCUUCGGGUCGCCAUCCAUAAUUUUGCUUCUGCACACAGACGGACUUUGAAAAAUAUAUAAUAAGAAUCUGAGAUCAACUGCUAGUAUUUCAGCCUUCACUUAAAAUCAAGUCUGAGAGAUUAUCCAGGAAAAGCUGUGCAAGUAUAUAAGAUGUGUAAUCUGGAAAGACUGUCCCACGAAACAAACCUGUCCAUAUAAUUAGAUCGAACCAUCAUCUCAGUCUCCACCUUGGGACCCUGAUGGAGAGUUGACCUCCAAACUCGUCUCUUUGCUGUGACACAUACGGAGUCUAUUGUUUUAAAAGCUAUCAGUCAACCAGUAAGGUUUCCCUUACUUUGCUCUGCUCUGGUCAGAAGAGAUCAUGAGAAAUCUUUGAGAUGAUCUCAUUUAUUGUCUUCCUGAAACUGCCCCUUUGAGCCUGACACAAUGGAAAACAUCUGGGUGCAGCGGAGACGAAGACGAUGGGACAAGUUUCGAGCACCAGUGGCCGCUGGGUUGCCGUGCACACCUCUAGUUGUGUCCGACAGUCGGAGAUGAGCAGGCUCUGAGUUGGAUGCGCACUCUCUCCUCAACAUCUCUCCUUUUUUUUAACACAUGCUUAUUUCCUCAUUCAGGGACAUUAGACAUAAGACUUUUUAAUUUUAUAUUUUUUAUUGCCAAAGAAAAACAAACCCUCUGUCUUUUGAGUACCUUCUUCGUGAAAUAAUUGGGACAUUUCAAAAAGUGAAUAUGAGGUUGAUAUGAGUAAAAUCCUGCCUUACUUCCCUGCCUGUUAAAAAUCUGGUGAAUGGCAUACCUAUAGGA